AAUUGAGGUUAAGUAAAAUGUCAAAAUACUAAAAUCGAAUGUUUGUGUACUAAUUGUAAUUUGUGAACGGAUCAAAAAAAUGAGAUCGAAAACAAGUCAUUUGAAAAGCAUUCAUGAAUUAUUUUAAUUGCUUUUAUUUUUUUUUCUUUAGAUUUUAUAAGAAAUAAUCAAUAAAUCAUGAAUGCUUUUCAGACUUGCAAGGAUACUUCAGAUAUUCUCCCUCUCUAUAUUCCCCAACAACUAUUCCUGAAACCUACUGCAAGAAUGAAUGUAUCCUUACAAUUGCCCAACGUUGUAAAAAAUGGAAAAAGUAUUUCACACUUGGAAAUUAUGGACAAAUUACGUGACCUUUUGAAACCACAAGAAUUCAGCGAGUUGAAAGUAUCCAAAAGUACUUUGGAAUUUGUCCGUUUUGAAGCUGAAGUCGAUACAAAGAAAAAACUCGAAGCAGCUGUUCUUAAACUCAAUAAUAAAACUAUCAAACUUAAAAACUUCUCAGAACUAAUGCGAGUAAAAGCUGCAAUUGCCAAAAGUGAUUUUCCUAGUCGUCAAGCCUGGGAUAGUUUUUUUAAUGAAGCUAAGGAUAUGGAUGAAUUUAAACCUGGUCAAAGACCAGAUACGGUUCACAUAUCAAAUUUACCAACAAAAUGGUUUGUUCCUUACCAUUUGUUGGAUGAAGAAGACUUGCUGCCUUCUGAGAAACUAUUCUACAAGAUAUUUGAGAAGUUUGGCCCAAUUAGGUGCAUAGAUAUUCCACUCUGCGAUCCUUAUCGUAAUAAAAUGAAGGACCAUAUAUCUGGAAUAAAAAAUUCUUCAUGGGACGACAAGUGUUUCUUUGAGGGUUAUGUGCAAUACAAAGACUAUAUGGGAUUUUCAAAAUGUAUGGACUACUUAAGAGACAUGAAGUUGAUUCAUAAAGAAGAAGAAGAGGUUUUCACCGUCAAUAUAAAAGUAGAUUUCGAUAGAUCUAAACACUUGAGUGAAGCUUCAAUUCGUAGAAGAGAAAUAGUUCGGGACAGGCUAGUGAAGAAGCAGAGAGAAAAAGAAGAGAGGGAAAUGAAUGAAGUAGAGGAGAAAAAGAGAAAGGAAGAAGAGGAAAAGAAGAGAGAAUUAACUGCCAAACAACAAAAAGAACAAAGAAGGCGACUAAGGGAAGAAAAGAGAAAAGCAGCCAUUCUGGAGAAACUCAAAAUAAAAAGCGCCGACGAAAUAAAUGCCAAAAUUGCCAAAGAAGAGAAAAAAUUACUCAAGGCUCAAAGAAAGUUGGAGAGUAUCAGGUUGCUUGAAGAAUUGUUCAGGAGGAUCAAAGAAAAAAGAGAAAUCGAGGAAGUUAAUUCUUAUAACGUUGAACGAAGUAAAAAUGCUGACAGUGAACUGAGAAAAUACAAGUUCACUAGUGAAAAGGAACUUUUGGACCAGAAACAAAAAUUGCAUAACGUACUACAGGGAAGAGUCAUGCUGAAGACUGUUUUGAAAGGAGGAAAACACGAUUUGACAUCUAGCUCUGACGAAGACAUACCACCUAAUAAUUCAGGUAAUCCAGACGAACUGUACCCUGUAAGAGGUUUGGAUAGUGGCGACAUCUAUCCAGAACAAUUAUUGUAUGGCUAUCCAUAUCAUUUGCCAGGUGUAUAUCCUCAAAGCAUGAGAGGACAUCCUGCGUUCAAUUUGCUACCGACCAGAGGCAGGAGAGGAUAUUUUAGAGGAUCUCAGUACGCUUCUGCUUCUAGAGGUGGUUAUUUCAACCGAAGAUCUAGAGGUUAUAAAUCUCAGUAUAGGGGUGGCUAUCAUGGUGGACGAAACCAGUAUCCUCCAGAACUUGAAGAGGAAUACAUAAAAUAUUUCUCGAAAUUCCUUAACAACGACACUGACCACCGAAGAAAUAGAUCUAGAUCCAGAACUAGAAGAAGCAGGUCUCGUUCAAAGCACACAUCUUAUUCAAGGAGUAGGUCCAGGUCCAAUUCGAGACACAGAAGAUCCAGAUCCAGAAGAAGGUCUUCUAGAUCAAGAAGUACUAGUAGGACACACUCGAGACACAGAUCAAGGUCAAGAAGAUCUCGUUCUCGCUCCAGAAGAUCGAGAUCUCGAAGAUCGAAGAGGAGCGCAUCGAAAGAUAGAUCUAGGAGUAGAAAUAGGUCGAGGUCCAGAAGAACUUCGGAAGGAAGAAGGGAUAGUCGCAAAUCUAGAUCUUUAAGUAAAGAUAGCUCAAAAUUUAUUUCGCCGAAUAGGAUGAGGAAAGACAGGUCCAAGUCAUGGUCUUUGCCAAGAGAAGAAGAAAAACGAAAAAGGGACUCUUGGUCUAGAUCGCCUGAAAAAAGAACUUGAGAUUAUGUAUAUAUCUAUACAUAUAUUGCUUCUUCCGUAUCUCAAAUAUUGCAGUGCAGAUUAUAAGUCAAUUUUAUAGAAUGAAACAUAUUAUUUAAAGUUAUGUAAGAUAUUAUAAUAAAGUAAUAAUAUACGUUCAAAUAUUCAA